CCUCCCUCAUAAAUCAACAAGACAUAUGCAAAAUAGAAAAAUAUUCACUCAAUUGAGAUUACAGUAAGUCACGCUCAAACAGUCAAUCACUCGAGUUUGACUUGACUAGUCAGAUCCACAAAUCUGUUGCUAAACUCGAGCGAUACCGAGCUUCUGACGAUCUAGUGAUACCAGGAUAAACUUAUGACAGUCAAGUUUAUCAUCAUUUGUGCAGUUUGCUUGAAGCAGAGGUCCACUUUGUCAAUUUAAGGCUACAUUCCAGCGUUCCCGAGAAGCCAGCUGCGUGUCGCGUGCUGCACGCGUUUCUAAUCUGUAUCUACAAACUUGCCGUUUAUAAUCUCCAGUCAGCAAUGAAGUUAACAGCAGUUGCUUUGAUAACCAUUGCUACAUUUCUUCUUCAUUCCGUGGUGAGUCUUUCAAUGGCGCUGUAGAGUUAAUUUUAAUAUAUUUGCCACCAUUCUUUAUUCUGUGAAAACGCUUGUCAAUGCUUCCGCUUUCCUUGAUUUAUUAAGUCGACUAGCAAUACAGUUUUAUGAGAAUUCGUACGGCUUUUCCGGCCUUUUGAUUACCCAUAGACCAUAUGUUUUGUUCAGUAUUAAAACAGCCUAACCAACGAUCAGCUAUCAAAAAAGCAAGCUGUUUCAUUGUUACGUCGCAAAUCAAAACGUCAGUGUUUCAAAAAGUAAUACAAAAGUGGAUGUUGAUUUACAUCAAACAAAAUUUGCAAGCUCCUUUUUUAGAUUAAAAAGUUUCAACAGAUCAGUUUGCUUUAACAGUAUUUUCGAUUCACUAAAGAAUAACAACACAGAGAUGAGACUUGAUGAACAAAGUGCAUUAAUUGUUUAUGAUUUACCUAUAGAUUUGCAAAAGUCGACAACAGUCUUGAAUCAAAAUUAUCAACGGGGGUUUAAAUAUUUCGCUCAAUGGAUGCUGUGUUACUUGUUUAGUUGAAUCGAAACAAAGAAGGAAACUAAGGGCUGCUAUAAAGGUUCCUUGACUACUUGUGAUAUAACAACUGAAGAUGAAUUCUAUUUCUCGAAGAGCACUGAGUAAUUUUUACAGUUUUGCGAGAAAAAAAUGUCAAACGUCGAAAUUUGCAUAAGUAAUGUCUGCGGGCUGGUUAUAGAAAAUGUAUUAUGCAGAUGAAAACAGAAACGCUUUCAGAGUCUGAUUUUAGACAAAGCCCUUUUUAUUUUUCGCCGAAACUUGAAAUAAUUAAAAUUUGUCUCUCACAAUGGCCUUUCUAUAUUCAAGGUUUCUUUGCUUGCCGUUCUUUCCACACCAAGAUGAAUUUCACUUUCCAAUAUGAAAAGAAAUUUUUACGCAUUUCGAAAUUAAGUCAGCUUUUUUCAUUGAAAGAUGCUUUGUGGCCGGAAAGUCUCAUUGUCAAUAGUGUUUAGCCUUAAUCGUCCAGUAAUAUAAAUUGUGUGGGCCUAUCGAAUUAAUAAGAAGAUAGUUGCGCAACAUGUUUAAAGUAUCCAUGUAGAGUGUGUUUACUCAUGUAGUCACGUCCAGUUCCGAGUGGCAGAGUAAAAUAAAAGGAACGGUGUGUUGAAGAUUCUGGGAAAGUGCCGACCUACCCCUCCCGGCCUAAACAAACAUUUUUUCCUAAGUGAAAAGUUAGGGUUAACGUUAAAUAAGGGGAGGAGAAGGUGGGUCAGGUCCAAAUACAACAAUCACUAGUAUUCUCUAGUCUAGAAAUACGUUUUGCCUAACACUAGGGGCACCCAACGUCAAUUUUCGGAAAAUAUCUGUUCGGAAGACGAUUUGAGAGCUAGAAUUUUCGGAACAUUUGUAGUAAAAUUUCUUGCCUGCCUGCCUCUCCUACGAUUUUCGUACAUCUAAAAAAUGGUAUAAUUGCCAAUUUUUAACGCUUUUUUACCCUAAAAACGUCACCUAGAAUUUUCGGGAGCCUUAUUUCUGGCUGAAAUUUUCGAAAAGGUAAGUUUUGAUCCCUAUAAUUUUCGGAUCACUAAAUUUUAGCUAGAAAAUCCAAACAGAUGAAAAACUUUUAUGGGAUACUUGAAAUAUGCCUAUAUCUACCGUUUAAAUACUAAAAUACGUUUAACAAUGCUAUGUUUAAGUGGUUUUGAACAUAAUUCUCGUUGGGUGCCCCUGUCACAUCUUUUUUAAAUUCCUUAUCUAGGCUCACGGUGGUGCGAAGAAACGAAAGAUCAAUUUGACCAAAAAGCCACAACGUAAGUAACUUAAUAGUGACGGUCUCAGCUCAGCUCCUUGUCUAGUUAUCCCACGAUGAAAUGCCUGUAACAUAUUUUGCCGGCUUGAAACUGUUGAACGCCCGCCAUAAGCCUUUCUAAAAAUCCAGAACAUAGAAAAAGAGAACUCCGAUCCAUUGUGGCCACUUUGGAUACUUUAAAUAAACUUCGCUGUAGGAUUCUCUGUCAGAAAAAGGCUUUUUGUUUUUACAGGGUGGUGAUUAAGAAGUAAAAGGAAAUAGAAGCCCUUUUACAACUAACCGAUAACUCGAUAUGCAAGCUGAAGCCGCUAAAAAAAAGAAAGAAAGAAAAAAAGAAUUUUAGAUUUUCGCUUUCCACUUUUCUGAACUUUUUAGUUGCUUUGAUAUAAAAUUGCACUCUCAUAGGAGGGUUGUCCGCGUUUGGUUGAAGCCAUAUUUGUUUGAUGCAUAAUCCUAAAAGAGGAUGAGCUCUUUCUCUUCGAUUCCGGGCGCAUAGAAGUGCCAGGUGUAACCUGCACGCGAGCAAGCUCUGGGGGGUUUGAGGGACGGGUGAGGUGGGGUGAGGCAAACAUUUUGUCGAGGUUAACAACGUGACUUCAUACUGAGACCUGAUGGGGAGAGGCAAAAACAACUGGACUUUGAUAAUUAUUAAGUUGUCUUGUUACCAAUUGAUCACGGAUUACUUGUGACUUUAUUACAGGUUGUUCACGGAUUUGUCCUCCUGGUCGAGAAUGCCAGGUUCUCUCAGAUGGCAGCACCAAGCAAUGUGUUUGUUUGUCAAGGUGUAAGAAGAAAUAUAAACCCGUGUGCGGUACAGACGGAAAGCUGUACAACAACCACUGUGAACUGCACAGGACUGCUUGCAAAACAGGAAAAAAGAUAAGAAUUGAUUGGGAUUUUAAGUGUUUCAAAAAAGAUUACAAUCGUGAAAAAGGUAGGUUACAUGACUACCUGAGACACUGAAUAGACUUGCGAAUAUUAGUUUUUCCUCUGAAAAAAAAGAAGAUGGGAGAGUGUCCAGGUUGAAAGGUUUUUGAGUACAUUCCCGAGGGGGGGGCACUAAAGGGAAUUUUGGGUAGAGUCGGACCGCUAAAGCCUUCAAAACCUGACCCUGUUUAAGGCAAUAGACCUUAUUCAAUGACCCUGAUUCGGACUGUUUUGCUUACAGAAUUAAGACUUAAUAUUUUGAAACUAACAUGGUGGAGUUAGAUUUUUUUCCUACUGAUAAACAGUUACUGCUUAUAGACAUUCUUAGGGAGGAACAACAUUUAUAGUUCUUUAUUAUGCCUCAGUUAAAAACCACCAAUCAAAUUGUCGCCACGUGCUGAUUCAGUCUGUGCGACAGAAAGGUAUGAACUGUUUGCACUCUUCCUCAUUAAUCUGUUCUAACUUAGAACAAAUUAAUGAGGAACGCAUGAACAUCCAACUUCUUUUGAAGUCGCGGAUCGAGGUUAUCUGAACUGGAUAUUAUACUGGACCCUCGACCCUCGACUCUCGAUCACCCGAUAAAGUCGUUAUAACGAAAAUAAAGACAGUUGGCCUACUUCAAGCUAUGCAGGGUGUCGCAUUCUAACUUCUGUGCGUUGCAUUAUUAGAUUGCCCUAAGAAGCAGUUAUCGAAAAUGCAGCAGCUCAUUUUGGAAACCUUCCAAAAGGAAUUACACGGGAAAGAAGUGACGUCAAAAGUCCUGAUUGACGAGCUAUACUUCAGGUAUAACGGCGAUAGCGACGACAGCAUCAGCGGUUCUGAGCUGAAACGUCUGGUUACCGACUACCUCAUGUAUCCAAAAGUAAAAAAGCUUGUGAAAAUCUGUCACUCAAAGCAGUGGCUUAGAGCACAAGACAAGGACCAAAAUGGAGUUCUCUCCAAGGACGAAUUUUCGCGUAGUUUCGGUAAGAAAAAUUUGCUAUCUUUAUGUUCACCGAGCAUUCUAAAUUUACUUUCCCAAAUUAUAUGCUAAUUAGACGUAGUUAGAAAGGCAGCGUGGCCGAGUGGUCAGCGCGUCUGGCUGACAGUCUGGCGGGAAAAGCAGCAAAUCGUGCCGAUUAAGGUCCCAAAGAACCGUGGGAAUGCUUCAGCCUCGUAAGCGAAUACCUUCACUGACGGCAGCAAUCAUUAAAGUGAUAUGUUUUCAAUAAGUGGAAUGUGAACCCAGUGUAUCUCUUUUCUAACAAAAUUAAGACUGAAUCGGAAUAAAACCCCUUUUUUUGCUGUUUUUGCUGUUUUGACUUAGUGCGUGGGGGGAGAGCAAUCAUGCCAACAAGCAAUCAUGUAAAGAGACCUUACUGUAAGAAGGAAAAAAAAAACAACAACUUGAUUGUUUUUUUCCUACGUUUUAGCGAGCAAACCAGAAAUAAGCAUUCCGAAAAGUGAAGAAGAGCCGAUAUCUGGUUCCAAUCUCACCCUUCAAUGCCGAGCACGAGGUUACCCUGUUCCUGUUGUCACGUGGUAUAAAGACCAAAUCAAGUUAAACAAAACUGAGCAUGUGUCAGUUUUCUCUGAUGGGAAACUUUCAAUUGAAAAGCUCGCGUCAGGAGACAGUGGUGUGUACACAUGUAAGGCCUUAAAUAACAUGGGAAUGGAUAAGAAACAUGUUGAGAUCAAGGUCCAAGAACCAGUUACCCGCGACUCUUCAGUAACAAGUAAGGAAAAGAAGGAGUUGUUGAAAACAUAAAACCUGUAACACAUUCAACAGACAAAAACAAGUAAACUGGACGAUGUGACAAAUGGAUUAAAGUUUUAAUAGUAAUCAAGUCUGAUUUCUUUCGUAAAGGACCGCAAAAAAAUCAAAAUUGUUAUGUCAGCUAAGCUAUGGGUUUUUAAAAACCUUUUUUAUCCAAAAGUAAACAAAUAAUUGAUUGGCAUUUUCACGUACUUUUCACUAUAAACAGCUUUUCGCGUAACUGAUUGCCGCUCACCUGAGCUUAAAGGUAUGAUAAGAAAAGGCUGAUUUAAUAUAGAAAUCAUCUGGACGUCGUUUCUCAUUCUUUUUCAUAUGGAAACUAAGUUUACGUUCGCAUGCGGGCAAAAAUGUAUGAUUAAGUUAUAGACUGAGAAAGAAGAUUGUUUUUCUUUUUUUUUUUUUCUUAAUAGCUGUUCAAGGAGGAAACAUGUUUUACGUCUUUGCAAACGACGGCGUCUACGUCAUUAAUCCUGAAACGUCCACGACUGUCAAUCACAUUCGAGCUGAUGACGUCAUAAAUGGUACGACAAAACCCAUAUGUACAAGAAGUCAACAGAAGGCUUGCAACUGGGGUGGAGCUGUAAGCGUCAACUUAAUAUACGUAUACGUUGCUGACUUUCUGGGCCAAAGGGUUUUAGUACUGGAUAUUGCUGCACAAACGUUCGUUGAGGAAGUGCCAACAGAUUACUAUCCCUAUCAGCUAAAAUAUUUAAGGUGAGAAAAUGUAAAUCAUUCUUACAUGUUUUUUUUGGCCCUUAAGGCUGACAAGGGAAACUAAUUUUAUUUCAUUAGACAAACUGUUUGGCGCGUGUUUUCAGCCUAAUGCACGGAAGAACUUCACUGCUUUAAUAAUACCAAAUCUAUUUCUACCUUCCUUUUAUAAAUGCAUGGGAGUUUUAUUUCAUACUUUUGUCGUAGAAGCUGCUUUGAACAAUUCUUAAACUCGUUGGUCAAAUAUACAUGUAGCAUUUUCCUGCAGGCCAAACUUAUAGAUGAGGAAUAAUUUUGUCUUAAUCAAUUAUUCCUAAGUUUUCAAUUGCAAUAAAACAGCUUUGAUUUUAAGGAACAUGAGGGAAUAACCUGUAGUCGCAGAGAAAUAUGUUGAUUUUUGUAUCCACUCAGCUCGUUUAAUUUUUGCUAUUCUGAGAAGCAUUUUUUUGCCUGAUCUAAUUAAUUUAUUCUGUGUUUGUAAACUUGUUUUAUUUGGCAAAUAAAAUGGUUAGUCUUGUUGUUGUUGUUGCCGAUUGUAGUUUUAUCUUUGGUCUCUUUACAAGGUCCUUUGAUGCCGUCUGGAUUCUCAGUUGGGAAAACAGCUCUCUCGAAGUUCUCACUGAAGAUGAAGACGAUAAUGGAACACUGUCAGUGAUAAGCAAUGCCAGCAAAAUGAUUCUUCACACUGCAACCAAACCGAUGAUGAAUGGCUUCCAUGAUGCAGCUCAUGGUUUCUUUGCAGUGGAAAACUGCGAACUGACAGAAGAGAAAUAUGGUUACGUCACUCAUAUUAUGGAACCUGGCCUUCACGAAGUUGACCUGGCUACAAGGCGCUACACUAAGUUUUAUAACUUUAGCGAACAUCAGUGUUAUGGGACUUUUGACUUGGCUCUCUCUCAACCUCAUAAAUAUGCGUUUGUGCAGUGUUAUACAAAUAGAGACCUUGAUAGCAAAGCGCAGUUGGUGAUAGAUUUGAAAGAAAAUUUACUCGAAGCCAAAAGUGAGCAAUACUUUGGUACAUCAUUUGCUUCCCCGGAUGGUCGCUUUAUCAUAACAUUGAAUUAUUAUGCAAUUUUAACCCAAUACAUCGACCCGGCAGGACAAAUUUUCUUGUUUCCGGAAAUUGAGUCCAACAUUCUACUCAGCCACCUCGCCUUCUAUCCUCGCAACGCUGGGUAUGACCUGUACGUGACGUCAAAAGACCAAUCUACAAUCAUUGUGCUACACGUGGAUCAAAGAGGCAUCGACACGCUGAAGUUCAUCUCAGGUGUCGGUAAGCCUUUGCAGGAAGACUGGAUUCACACACAGCGUCCAAUCGUGAUUGGAUGUGAGGCUGGCGCCCGUUACCUAGCAACACCGGCAACAGGAGAAGACGCGGUCAUUAUUCUUGAUGCAGAGCGCAAAGAGAUGAGUGGAAAAGUUGGAGCAAUGAAAGGGGCACAAACCAUUUUGUGGGUUGGAAACCAGCAAGAAUAA